GCACGGUAGACGCGAACGAACGGAAUUGGUUUUCAAUCGAACAACAUAAAACAAAAAUAUUCUACUGCAGAUCGGUCGGUUGAGCAUUGCACAUUAUCAGUGAGAUUGACAGGAAUUAUCGGGGAACGUGAUUGGCAAUUUGGGAAAUGUCGCACUAAUCCGCGCACGUUGAUCAAAGUCGAAUGUUUGGUGGUGUAAAAUUCGGAAAUUUGAAAGUGAGUCAUUAACGAAAAUAAGAAAAGUUGACGUACCGAGCAAGAAGUGAUGAGCAAGAAAAGCUUUACCAUCCCGGUGGUGGACGUCGAAUCGCCGGAUGGUCGAGAUGAUCAGAAACUGCUGGGAAAUCCGUUUGACAAGCUACCACCGAUCAUGAUCGGUGGCCCAGAGGGAAAUGGCUAUCACCCGUUUCAGCAGAAGAGCAGUCCGGUCACACCGACGAGUCCGAUUAUUUACGCCCCUCAAUCGCCGUCGCUAGGAAAGAGAAGCCGAGCGUUCCGGCCUGGCACCACCCGGAAGUACCGCAAACGGGCCAUCCUGAAGAGUGGCGAGUGCAACAUAUCGACGUCCAAGGUAUCGCAGCAGCAUUUGCGGUUCCUGCAGGACAUCUUCACCACGUUGGUGGAUGCUCAGUGGCGCUGGACGUUGCUCGUGUUUGCCUUCAGUUUCAUCGGAUCGUGGUUGUUCUUCGCUGUGAUUUGGUGGCUGAUUGCCUUCACCCAUGGGGAUCUUGAGGAGAUGCAUCUGCCCGACCAUCAAGCUGAAAUCGGAUGGACCCCUUGUGUGUACAACAUUGUGUCGUUUACCUCGUGCUUCCUGUUUUCAAUCGAAACGCAACAUACGAUCGGUUAUGGUGUCCGCACGACCACGGAGGAAUGUCCGGAGGCGAUCUUCAUCAUGUGCUUCCAAUCGAUCUACGGAGUGAUGAUUCAGGCCUUCAUGGUGGGAAUUGUUUUUGCGAAGAUGACUCGGCCGAAACACCGCACCCAGACGCUGCUAUUUUCGAAGAAUUCAGUCAUCUGCCAGCGGGACGGAGAGCUGUGCUUGAUGUUCCGUGUCGGAGAUAUGCGUAAGAGUCACAUAAUUGGGGCCAGCAUCAGGGCGCAACUGAUCCGGACCAGGACGACCAAGGAAGGUGAAAUAUUGAGUCAGUAUCAAACGGAGCUGGACGUUGGGGCGGAUGGGUGUGGAUCGGAUUUGUUCUUCAUUUGGCCGCAGAUCGUUGUCCAUAGAAUCAACGAGGACUCACCGAUGUUUAACAUGUGCGCAUCGGAUUUGCUGCAAGAUCGAUUCGAGAUUGUGGUGGUUCUGGAAGGUACGGUGGAAUCGACCGGACAGUCCACCCAAGCAAGAUCAAGCUACGUCAACUCGGAGAUCUUGUGGGGACAUCGCUUUGAGCCGGUCGUAUUCUACAACAAGGAUAACCAGGGCUAUGAGAUCAACUACAGCAAGUUUGACGAGACGCAGCAGGUUGAUACUCCGCUUUGUUCCGCACGUGAAUUGGCCGAGUUCUACAAGAUUCAAGAUGAUUAUAGAAGUAAUGAUAAUCUCGAUAACAUCUCCUCGAAGACGCUGCUGGAGCAGCGCUGGCAGAACAAGUAUCGCACACUGAUGCACAGCAUCAGUCAAUUCAAUCUGGAAGACGAAACUGGAUCGAUGCGACUCAGUAGGAACCAUUCGCCCACGGCCAGUCCCAACUAUCUGACCAUCCAAAACCUCCCACGACGGAAUCGAUCCUACGUGCAGUUGGAGAACAAUCUGCGCAAUCUAUUUGAUUCCCCUUCGCCCCUGGCCACGAGCCCUCCGGCAGCAGCACCUCUGGAGAGAACACCUUCUUCAACGCCCCCACCCACCAUCCACGAACCGCCGGGCUACGUGGGUGGCCAGCGGAUCCUAAGUGUACCCAUGAGGAGCCGAACCUAUACCUGAGGAAGAUGUGCAUGUGUGCACUCUUUGAGAAAGAUCUUGUUCUAUGAAGAUUCAUAAACUCAAUCUGUAAUCGAAUCGAAAUGUGCUUUAGUUAGUAGGAUAACAAAUUCAGUACUAAUAAUAAUCAUCUAGUUGUAAGCUUAGAUAGAAAAAAUGAGAGUAUUAACCAAUGAGAAUUGAGAAACCGAACGAUACAUAAAUCAAGUGAUAUUUUAACGAAA